UCUGUCUUCUGCUUACCGUACUGACCCCAGAGGAGCGUUAUCUUUCAAGACGACAUCUCUCUCUGUUUCCUGCAGAUGAGAGGAGCAGCCAUGAGUUUAACUGCAGCAGCGAGCGGAUUUGUUUUCUUCCUUCUCUCUGUAUCAGUAAUACAGGGUCAGGAUGGCUGGGGAGUGACUUACACCUCUACUCAGAUCUGUGCUGUUAAAGGAUCAACAGUGAACAUAUCCUGCAGCUACACAUACCCAUCCACAAUGAGUCAUCAAACUACUGAGGUGGAAAAAAGAUUCUGGUUUACUAAAGGGAGUAAUAAAGCACCUGUAGAUCUGAAAACAGAUUCAGACUACACAGAUCGUGUGGAGUAUUUCUUUCAUAACGAUGACUGCACUCUGAGAAUCAGAGACCUGAGAGAGAGAGACUCUGCUGAGUACAAGUUCAGGUUCAUAACAAACCAUGGUGGUUUCACUGGUUCACCUGGAGUCACUCUGUCUGUUACAGACCUCCAGGUGCAGGUGACAAGAUCAUGGACCCAGGGAGAGCUGAGGUGUCACAGCAGCUGUAAUGUACCUGAUAAUCCUUCAUAUGUCUGGUUCAAUAAUGGACAGAAAAUGGAUGGAGAAACAUCUUCUUCUCUCAGAGUCUCUGUUGAAGAUAACAACCGCUAUUACAACAACUAUUCCUGUGCUGUUACAGGAUAUGAAGAUUAUCGCUCUCCUCCAGUGUAUGGUCCAAAGCUUCCCUCUGUGUCAGUGAGUCCCUCUGCUGAGAUAGUGGAGGGCAGUUCAGUGACUCUGACCUGUAGCAGUGAUGCUAAGCCAGCAGCUAACUACACCUGGUACAAGGAGAAUGUAGACAAACCUCUCAGUAAAGAACCACAGCUCGUCUUCAGCUCCAUCCGGUCCUCUGACUCUGGACAGUAUUACUGGGCAGCUGAGAACGAGCUGGGGACGAAGACGUCUCAAUACAAAUCUAUUGAUGUGAAAUAUGCUCCAAAGGUUGGUCCCCUGUCUCUGACUCCCACUGGGGAUAUCAGAGAGAACAGUAGAGUGACUCUGACCUGUAGCAGUGAUGCUAACCCAGCAGCUACUUAUACCUGGUACAAGGAUGGUAAACCUCUCUAUAAAAAGACACAGAUUGUCUUCAGCUCCAUCCAGUCCUCUGACUCUGGACGUUACUACUGUGAAGCUGAGAACAAGUUGGGGAGGAGAUCUAGAUCCAUCUUUAUUGAUGUGAAAUAUGCUCCAAAGCUUCCCUCUGUGUCAGUGAGUCCCUCUGCUGAGAUAGUGGAGGGCAGUUCAGUGACUCUGACCUGUAGCAGUGAUGCUAACCCAGCAGCUACUUAUACCUGGUACAAGGAGAAUGUAAAGCUCAGACCUCCCAUUGAAGAACAACAGCUGGUCCUCACGUCCAUUCAGUCCUCUCACUCUGGACAAUAUACAUGUAGAGCUAGGAACAGCCUGGGGCCUAACACAUCCAAACCCAUUUCUAUUAAAGUGAAAUAUGGUCCAAAUCUUCCCUCUGUGUCAGUGAGACCCUCUGGUGAAAUCGAGGAGGGCAGUUCAGUGACUCUGACCUGUCAAAGCAAGGCUUAUCCAGCAGCUAACUACACCUGGUACAAGGAGAAUAGAAAUCCAGAACUUCAACCUCUCAAUAAAAAUACACCGCUUGUCUUCAGUUCCAUCCAGUCCUCUGACUCUGGACAGUAUUACUGUACAGCUGAGAAUGAGCUGGGGAGGAGGAGAUCUAGAUCCAUCUCUAUUGAUGUGAAAUAUGGUCCAAAGCUUCCCUCUGUGUCAGUGAGUCCCUCUGCUGAGAUAGUGGAGGGCAGUUCAGUGAAUCUGACCUGUAGCAGUGAUGCUAACCCAGCAGCUAACUACACCUGGUACAAGGAGAAUGAAGACUCACCAAAAGCAUCAGGACAGAUCUUCACCAUCACUGAUGUUAGACCUGAACACAGUGGGAAUUAUUACUGUGUAGCCCAGAACAGAAGAGGACAUCAGAACUCCACCUUACAUCUGAUUGUUGUAGCAGGGAAUUUAACAAUGAUAAUGAAUAUCAUCAGGCUGACUGUGGUGGUCCUGAUGCUGAUUCCUCUGCUGCUCCUGAGUCUGUGGGCGAGGAAGAAGAAAAAUCUGAGCUCCACCACUGGACCACAUGAACAUGUAGAGAUAGAGACUCUUGUCCUGCGUAUGAGAACAUCUCAGACACUGCAGCACAGACAGAAGACCCAGAGGAGCAGGAAGACCUGGUGUGAAGUCCAGUCAGAUGCAGCUGAACCAGAGGCUGGACUCACCUGAUGGAAACAAAGUAGUACGACAUUGAAAUAUCCCUGAGGAGAGCGAGGCUGUGGAGGGUGCGGGGGAAGUGGAUACAUUUACCUUCAACUCCAGAAGAUUUUAUUGUCAGUUUUGAGUAGCAGCAGCAGGUAGGAGUCAGCAGCAGCAUGUAGCACAACGUUUAGAAGAAUGUGGUGUUGGCAGCUUGAACUGAAUCAUGUCGAGGUGUCAAACAUGAUUUAUUGUUCAGAUCAGCUGAUGCUCAGGUGUUCUGUGACUUACUGAUGUAUAUGCAAGCUUAUUUUCUACUGCAGAGUUAGUUUUAGGCCAUGUUAUGCUUAAGGCUAGGAAGGAUGCACUUCAUUUAGUGAU